GUUGGUUUGGUUUGUCGCUACGUGCAAAUGGAAUGACGUGUCGUGCUGGUAUUGGUAGUUACGUUCAAGUAACGCGACCAAGUCUGACAUUUCCUUACGCGGGUGAAAGAUUGGCGUCACGAGGGAUUGCCGCGAGGCGACACGUCAACACGGAGGCUGAGAUGGCUCCGCAAGCGGUUUGGCCCACAUGCUUUUUAAGAAUUACGCGUAUUAGUACGUUGAGCCCAACAGAAGGAAAUAAGGUAAGGAAAUAGCCCAUUCUUUGUUGGUACCCAAUCGAAUAAAAAAUGGGCCGGUCAAUCAACUUUUUCAUGGGCUCCAAAAGCUCUACCUCUUUCUAUUCUCAGAUUUCCAGCCUCGUGAAGUUCUCAUUCAUGUUUUCGGGCAAUAAGAGGAUUCUCAUUUCCAUUUGUGAAAAUUACAUUUUCACCACUCUUAACAGUUUCCGUUGGAAAAAGGGAACUCAAUGCUCGAAAGAGCGGAAAGAAAGAAGGCCGAAUCUUAUCGAUAACAGAACACUGUAUUAACGACUAGCGACUAGCGAGUAGGAAGGAACUCCAAAGCAGAACUUCUCCCUUCUUCUUCUUCUUUGCUUGGGUAUUCUCUUGCAUUAGGGCGCGAACCGUUGGUUCAAUUAUGAAGCCGUUAACGAUUUCUCGCACCAAACCCUCUCUUCUCUCCUCCAAUCCCUUCUGCUCUCCGUCUCUGACCUUCAAACUUCCCAUUAUAUCCCGGCGGUCCGUCGAUUUUCGCUGCGAAUCCCUCCGUCGCAGUGACACCGGGGAGGAUUCUAAUGGGGUUUCUCUCAGGCGAAGGAAAAUGCUUGUUUCCUUAUCCACUCUUCCUUUCGUAGUUGGUCUCCAAUAUUCAUUAGAUGGGUUCAAUGCUGCCAUUGCUGCCGAGUCAGGCGAGGGCGCCUAUCUGCUAGUGAAGGAAGAGGUAAGGAAGGUGGUGUCGAAGAGCAAGGCUGCCGGUGUGCUUCGUCUUGCUUUCCAUGAUGCAGGAACCUUUGAGAUUGGUGGGAAAUCAGAAGCUACAGGGGGUAUGAAUGGUUCUAUAAUCUAUGAGCUGGACAGGCCUGAAAAUACAGGGUUAAACAAGUCCGUGAAGGUUCUGGCAAAGGCGAAAAAUGUUGUGGAUGCGAUGCACCCAGUAUCCUGGACAGACAUGAUUGCUCUUUCUGGCGCGGAAGCAGUUUCAAUCUGUGGAGGUCCCACAAUCCCACUUCAGAUGGGCAGAAUGGAUUCAAUGCAACCUGAUGCAGAGGGGAGACUUCCUCAGGAAUCACUCGAUGCUGCUGGUUUGAAGCAGUGCUUUCAAAGAAAAGGCUUUUCUACACAGGAACUUGUUGCACUAUCUGGAGCUCACACUCUUGGUAGUAAAGGCUUCGGGGACCCAGUUGCUUUUGAUAAUUCUUACUAUAAGAUUCUUCUGAAGAAGCCAUGGACGUCCCCAGGUGGGAGUUCGAGCAUGAUUGGGCUUCCUUCUGACCACGCACUUAUGGAAGAUAAUGAAUGUUUAAGAUGGAUCGAAUUGUAUGCGGAUGAUCAGGAUGCAUUCUUUCAAGACUUCAAGAAUGCAUACAUCAAACUCGUGAACUCUGGUGCAACAUGGAAAGGCUCUUAGCAAAGUUUUGAUAAAUGAUCUUGCGUCCUUGAAAAGUUUCAGGCUGAAUUAGUGAGGAAUGGAGUGACAAGCAAAGCCUGGAGCAUAUCCUUGGUGGUAGUACUAGUGCCAGAUUUGGUGUAGCCAUCAGCAUCCUUUCUAUAACCAUACAUAUAUUGCUUUCUCUAUACUUCAUUUUACACAGAAGGCACAAAACCUUGCCAACUAGUACAUAGUGAUUAGGGAGGAAAUAUGUCAUCCUUCCUAUAGUAAUUAAGCAUUAAUUAAAGAAACAUUAUAGAAAUGAGGACUCUGUAACAAGGAUGUCUGUCUUUUUUCCCCAGGAGGUUUCCUUUGGCAUUGUCAUCCUUUCAAGACAUUGCAUAAAAUGCUAUUCGAAUCAAGUGCAAACUAUGCUUCCUUCUAACCCCAGUUCCAAAAUACUCAGCCAUAUCAAGAUUCUCAUGGGUAAUUCGGAUAGGAAGUUUCCCAUCAAAAUGAUAAAGUAGAUUUGUCAAUAUCAGUGUCACAGUAGCCUAUCCAAGUGACAUUCCGGGACACAUCCUCCUUCGAUAUCCAAAAGGGAUGAACUCUAAGUGAUUUCCCUUGCAAUCACUCGGAUGAUCAAGGAACAUUUCUGGAAAGAAUUUAUCACUCUCCAAUAACAAGGAUCUCAACCGAUUGUCCAAGCAUUGAUGAUAACUUUAGUUUGUAAAGGAAUCUCAUAGCCAAGGAUCUCCACCCUCUCCCGAGCUUCUCUCGAAAGAAGUACAGGAAGUGCAUGGUGCAAUCUUAAACUCUCUUGAAUAACUAAGUCAUGAUAAAUCAGAUUAUGAAGAUCUCCCUCGUUAACAUUUCUUUUACCCCCAAAUGUUUGUCUCACCUCAUCUUGUGCCCUUUACAUCACAUUUGGAUUUUUCAUCAAUUCAUACAUGGUCCACUCCAAUGUUGUUGCACUUGUUUCUGUACCGGCAAAUAACAUGUCCUCAAGAACAACCACAGUAAAAUCUAAUCAGAAAG